UAGCAAUACACCCCAGGGUAGAACAGUCGUUGAGACCCCGAAUCUGAGGUGUGCUGACGAGUUGACGAGUUAUCAAGCUAUCAGCCCAUCCCUAAAAUGAAGACGGUAUCCGUCAUUGGUGCUGCUUGCCUUCUUCUGACUUUGUUKAAACCAGUUGGCUCCAUUGAGUGCUAUGAAUGUUCAAACGGAAAUGGUAGUAGCUGCAAUGGURAAAAGAUCCAGUGUUCYCCAAGAUAUGAUAGAUGCUUUACGGCAGUCGAAAAAGAUCGAAAAGGAGUCAAGAAAGGUUGUAAUUCCGAUGAGGGCUGUGGUAACCAGAAAACGUCUUGCAAAGACAGAUGCGAUUCCUUUGAAUGUUGUUCAAGUGACCUCUGUAACGCUGACUCUGGACUCAAGUCCAUGUCGAUCCUGAAUGCCUUGGCUAUGAUGAUUGCUUUUGCACGUCAUUAUUUGAUGUAACCAUGGAGACCAAUUGCAAUAAAAGUAGUACGGUUCGUAAAACUUGUAAUUCAAA